UGCCUGCUACCCUCAACUCUACUUUUCCGCUCCCGUCCUUCAUCCCCGACCCGCCCCGCCUCGCCUCGUCUGCAUCACAUUGCCUGCCUGCCUGCCUGCCUGUUUCCUCCAUGGAUUUGCUUCUCCCACCCAUGAAAAACCGCGUGGUGCCCACAGAUUCGAACUCCUCCGAGUUUUUUCACGGGCAUGCUUCCGUUCCACCAAGAAUGCGACCCAGACUGCUCCUCUCUCUCUAGCGGAAUGUCCAGUCCAGUCCAGUCCAGUUCAGGUUCAGGUUCAGGUUCAGGUUCAGGUUCACACUAGCGGCAUGCCAACAUGGGGCGUCUGCCUGCCUGUCUGACGGACGGACGGGAAGAUGCCAUCUCAAGUGCACGAGCAGUGCCUACGCCGCCCAUCUGUAUCUGCCGCCUCCGCCUCCUCCUCCACGCCGCUGCUCUGCAAGAUCGCAGAAUGAUUCCUCUAGUCCACCUCCUGGAGCAGCGCCGCCCACAGCACACUUGUUUUCUCCCUUCGUCCCGGUCUUCCUAGCCGCCUCGCCUGGGGAGCGGUAAUUUACUCCCUCCAACGUGCCCUGCCCACACAAUUCUUCUUCCCUUUUACCCGGCCACCAAGACACCAUAGUACUGUCUCUAGUAAGGUGGGCCGAGUGCGUGCUUUUGUACCGGGGAAGGAAUUCUCCGCCUCCCACGCAAUCCGGCCCUGCCAUCCAUUCACAUGGACACACAACAUGGGACACCUUUACACCACCUCCGGAUGCUGUCUUACUGCUGCAGCAGCAUUAUUCGCAUUAGUAACUUAGUAUUACCUCCUGUCAGUGAGGCCACUCGUUUAAUACUGUCCUACUAUGACUAUGCUCACUCUAGGCCACCCUCCUCACUCUACCCAUCACCAUUAGUUUAGUUUAAUGGCAGUGGUUGCAGAAAGAGGGAAAAACAAACCAAAGCCACAUGCGUCGCAACCAAUGCGUCUAAUUCCGUCCUCACGUUUACAACCACGGGUCUCAAAAUCCAGUGCCGAGGAAUGCCGUAGGGGCGUGCCGUACGGUGGCCGGCACCGGGAUUAUUAUGCCCUUCCUUCCGUGGUUCUUCUCGAGAUUGUGUUUGCCCCUGACCUGGGACCAAACCCAAUGAUGAACGACGUUUACAUGUAUACCAGCAUCUAUCCAUCAGUGUCAGUGUCAGGCCCCCCUUUCUUUCCUUUUCAUCAUUCCUCAUCGUCCUGGCUGGCCUACCGAUCGAGCUUCGCCGUCACGGAGGCGAUCGAUCAAUCAAUCAAAUGGUUUUCCAUUUUGUUUUUUCGUUCACGAGCGUCGGUGCAAAGGGAGUGAGAUUAGCAGCUGCUCAUGUGGGAUCCCAACAACAGGCCCCAGGUGUUGAUUGAUAUAUAUAUAGUAGCAAGGUCUGUCAGGUUCAUCUUCUUCCCCUUUUGUUUGAGAAGAAAAAGAAAUUAUAUAAACUACUCCAAACUCACGCUUAGAAUAGCGUUACCCUAUAUAUAUAAUGCAUGUAGAAUCUAGAUACAAUGCCGUCGAUGUGUGCCUCGCAACCAACCAGUUUAGAAUCGCCAAAAGGAAAUUCAGAAAUGCAAAAGGGGAAGCUGCUGCCUGCCCACCACCACCUACAUGGAUGGUUGGAAUAGUUUAAGCAGUGGUGGUUGCAGAUGGCACGUCCAUGAGCAUGCACCUAGAGGUAAGAUGUAGCCAUCAGAGUAAGCAAUGCGCUGAAAUGAAAGAAUGAAUGAAAGAAAGUUUGGUCAUCUCCUCAGGAAGCCUCUGCGCCGUCCUUUGCCGACAGAAUCCAGUGGCUAAAGCAGCGUUUGAUUAAAAAAGAGAGCGGGAGAUGAGGUGUCGUAGAAUGAUGAUGAUGGUGAUGAUGAUCUUAGUGCUGCUCGUUAUUAAUCUGAGGCUUGCGGUGCUAAGCUACUGAUGGUACCAUCUUUGCAAAACCUGUCCUGUUGUGGUUGUGCCCAAGUUCCUGCAAAUGAAGAGAUUGAACUGGAUGGGGUCUGUUUGAUAUUCCUCCCCAGUCCCCACUCCCUGCCUGCAAACUAGCCGACGAUGGAUCUCCACAUGAAGCUUCUGCUGGCCUCCCUCAGCUGUGUACUUCUGAUACAAGGAGCAUUCUGUGAUAACACUGCAGGGGGGACUGGAGCCACAAGCUGGGCAUGUGUGUGCGCUGCUCAUCCGCUUGGUGAAUCUAACUCCAAUAGCAGCCUGUCAUCCAGCUGCGACUCCUCGUGCCAUUGCCUACGAGUUGCAGAUGAAAACGGCAGCACAGGAUCAUGGAACUGCUCGUGCCGCUCUGGCAAGGACCUUCAGGAAGAAGAACAUGCUGUGGUGCACAGCGGGAGUUGCUUCACUUCCUGUAACUGCACAUCUGGAAGUUCUGAACAGGGUAGGAAACAUUUCUCUAGCAAGACGGUCAUUGCAACACUCCUGGUAUGUGUGGUUCUCACCACUGUUGCUUUCGUCGGCACCACGGCGUACUACUUUCGCCGCAAGGACGCGCUCUCUCCGCGUUCCCGGAUGCACUCUUUUGACAAGUAUGCCAGCUGGAGCAGCAGAUCGAACCUCGUCAGCCAUCGAUCUUCUCCCCUUACCCAACUGAAACCCAAACCGGGGCUCAGUGUCAUCAAAGGCUUUUUGUGUAGCUGCCCGCUCGUCUCCCGGAGAGAAGAUGGCCCAUUCCCCGGCGUGGUUCUCCGGUUCUCCUACGCGGAGUUGGAGCAGGCAACUGGGAAAUUCUCCGACGAACAGCUCAUUGGCGUCGGCGGGACCAGCAAGGUGUACCGUGGCCAGCUCGCCGACGGCAAAGUUGUCGCCGUGAAGAAGCUUCGGCCCCUCGGCGGUGCGGACGAAGACUAUGAGUUCCUCUCAGAGAUCGAGCUGCUGUCGCGGCUGAACCACUGCCACGUGGUGCCGCUGCUGGGGUACUGCUCGGAGCGGCAGGGGCGGCAGCUGGAGCGGCUGCUGGUGUUCGAGUGCAUGACCAACGGCAACCUGCGGGAGUGCCUGGACGACCUCAACAGGAAGCCCAUGGACUGGGCGACGCGCGUCGGCGUGGCGCUGGGCGCGGCGAGGGGCCUCGAGUACCUCCAUGAGGCGGCGGCGCCGCGCAUCCUCCACCGGGACAUCAAGUCCACCAACAUCCUGCUCGACGACAGGUUCAGGGCCCGUAUCACGGACCUGGGCAUGGCCAAGUGCCUGAUGAACGACGGCGUGACGAGCUGCUCCAGCUCGCCGGCGCGCAUGCUGGGCACCUUCGGGUACUUCGCCCCGGAGUACGCCAUCGUCGGCAAGGCGUCGCUCAAGUCGGACGUGUUCAGCUUCGGCGUGGUGGUGCUGGAGCUCAUCACCGGCCGGCAGCCCGUGCACAAGAGGGGCGGCGCCGGCGCCACUGGCGGCGCGGACGAGAGCCUGGUGAUGUGGGCGACGUCGCGGCUCCGGGACAGCAGGCUGGUGGUGGCGGAGCUGCCGGACCCGGCGCUGAAGGGCGCGUUCCCGCCCGAGGAGAUGCAGAUCAUGGCGCACCUCGCCAGGGAGUGCCUGCAGUGGGACCCCGAGGCCAGACCCACCAUGACCGAGGUCGUCCAGAUCCUCUCCACCAUCGCGCCCCUCGCCGACAAGCGCCGCCGGCACCACCUGCCCGCCGCCGCCGGUGCCUUCGCCCCGGGCUUCCGUGCCGAGAGGCCGCAGGAAUGCUCGAUGUGGCAGGACGGUGAUGCCGACCGUGGCCGCGAUCACAUGCACGGAGGGAACGGCAGCAACGUCAAGGGCGCCGUCGUGUCCGGAGAGGUCGCGAUCAACGUCGGCACGCCGGUGAUGAUGGGCCGGAGCUGGCGGUCGGCAGAGCAGGAGGAGGUGGACCUGACGGAGCCGCGGCUGGAGACGUUCACGCAGCCGACGACGGCGACGAGCCUCUACAGGUGAAGGGAGAUCGAUCGAAUACGUUGUAGAAGAGAUAGAUGUAGAAUAGUCAAGUAGCACCAGAAACUCUGCUGCGAUCCUCCGCGUGCAUGGCAUGGCGGGACUGAUCUAUCUUUGUACAGGCAAAAACGUAAUCAAAUCAAUUUGAGAAGAAAAAUGGGAAUGAGACGCAUCGCGCCCAAAUUUACCAAA